AUGGUUAGGUCAAGAUUUCGCAACAAUCCCCUCCAGAUAAACAUUCCGUCUAAAUCCUCCUCCGAAAAGUCAUACAGACCAAGCUACUCGACCGCGGUAGCGUCCAGGAUUGACCGAGCCGACAACUCGAAAUUCCUCGAGCAAUUUCGCUAUACUAUUAUCGCAUCCCAGCUAUUGAGUGGGCACUCCGUCUUAUCCCAGCACCAUGCAUCAUCCCAGCCUACCAAUCCCGCAAUUGACGGCAAUUCGACCGACAAAUUUUUGGACUCGACGGGCGCAGUUACCGCUGUGUUGGGAGCCUUGGCUCUGGCCGUUUCGCUCAACUGGAUCGCGGGUUCAGGGCCAUUGAACAAGAAACGAGUUACGGUCAUUUUGUUUGUGGUCGUGAUCGCUGCAGGGAUCGCCCAUGUGUAUAUGCGAAGGCAGUGGUUGAGGUACAGACGGCUACAAGCACUGUCUGAGGUCACAGCGUUUGUUUCGAACUCUCAGGAGUUCGACGCCGCGACUGGCGCGGCCAUCGCCCUGGUACAGGAGGUGGAACUUGUGUCCAGAGGCUACCGAUUGAGUGCGCCACUGCCGCCUAUCAGUCGAAUUGAGGAUCGCUCACAGACUCGCAAGUGUGUGCGCCUUCGCAAAGCCUUGCGAACAUGCCUUGCAGACGUCAUUCCCGCUUAUGACCAGACCGUAUUGGUGGUCAAAGGUUUCUCGGAGCAACUCGACCUGGAGAAGUAUUACGACAUCUACGACAUCAGCGACUUCGACAUGUCUGAUGCCAAGCAAGGAUUCCAGGAGAACGAGUUUGACGACCCCGAGUCCCUGAGGACGCUGAAGAUACUUGCCGCACGGUUUCACACCAUACGUAAGAUGUUUUUGUGCGCUCUGCUGGCUCUAGAUGCGAAUGGCGACAGCAGCGAUCUGCUAAGAUGGACAACAACUGUUGAGGCUCUACGUACGCUUAACUCUGUUACGCAAAAGGCGUAUGAAAGAUUGAGAAGACUGUUGAGUGAGGAAGAGACAUUCCCGGCGCCACCAACUCCAAAAAUGCCAUUGACGCCCGGCAGAGAGAGAUGGAGGUCUCAGCUGCGGAAACUCAACUCACUAUCUAGCGGAAUUCGGGGGUUGCAGGCUAAACUGCAACUUUUAAGAGAAGAGUCAGAUCGGAGCCUCAAUGAGUCCGACGACAUUUCUGAACUUGGCUCCAACCUAAUGGCGCAGUACGAAUCUAUUGGCGCAGACUUAAAAAUUCUCAUGCAAGCCUGGGAAGAGGGCAAAGCGGCGCUUGCAUUGGGUAUCGACCGGAACGAGAAGAGACUUUCGUCUAUGAGUACCUUGCUCUCUCCAGCAAGUUCACUCAGUGGGCUCACAACUGUUGAAGAAGGCGGCGCCGCUGAAGCUUUGAAAGCAUUGAAUGGAGAAUCGCCGUCUAGCCUCGACUUCAGCAGCUCAGGAGAACCCGACAUGGAAGAGGUGUUUGAAGCUGUUGCACAACCGCGGCCGAGAAGCCUACUAACUAGAGAAGAGCGCAUCAUCAAGAUGAGGGAAGACCGGGAAAAGCGGGAAUCGCUGAAAGAAAAAGCGGAUGCCAAUAGAGGCAUGCUUAAGGAGCUCGAGAUGGUCAUCAACCUCCGGCCCCGCCCGCGAACUGGGACGAAUCCGUCACGCAUCGUUUCGAUGUGA